UUAAAAUGAACCUAAAUCUUGAUGACGAAGAAGACGUUAACGACUUUGAUGUAGUGAUCGUUGGUGCUGGUUUAACGGGACUUUGUAUAGCGUACAAUAUACUUAGAAGAAAACCCUCUUUAAAUAUACUGGUCAUCGAAGGAACCGGUAAUAAUUCAUAAUUUUUUCUUUAUUUCCAAUCGAAGCAGUGUAUAAGCUCCUUUCUUACAAGCGAGAUUCCUUCGUCAUAAAAUCUUAUGUAUAUCUUAUAUCUUUACGAUUACUAUAGAUAAAGCCGGAGGACGCGUUUUAUCACAGAAUUAUAGCGAGAGCUUUUAUGCCAGUCUCUUGCAAGAACGUGUCACUCAACUUAUCCGUACACUGAACAUAGAUACUUGUUCCAGGCAGAAUACGGAUGGAAAAAGAGUGUUUUUUACAAAAGAUGGUCCCGUAGAAAAUUUUCCAAGUUUAUUCGCAGCUGAAAUUCGCUACUUUAUUCAAGUAGUAAUUAUUUAUUUGGACCAUCGAUUUACAGAAACAAUAUUCAAGAUUUUUAAUCAGACUCAAUAUCUGAUAAACUUUACAAUUUUCUUCCUUUGUGUUCAGAUUCAAAAGAAUUGUUUAAAACCAUGUUUCAAAACCUAUGUCAAGAAUAAGAUUACACGUAAAUUAGCCAUAACCAGUGUUGAUCAACUACUGAAGGAACUUGUGUUCUUCUCUUAUGCCAGAUCCAUAUGCAGUUCACUUAUUUAUAGUACAUGCGGUAAAAUCCAAUUAUGGCAUUCUAAUUUUUCAACCAAUCAUUUUCCCCACUAGAUCUUUCUAUCGUAUGUUCAUCUAUCAGGAAUGAGAGAUCUUCGUAAACUAUCAGCGUUAUGGAUGUUUGUAAUGUUAAAUGGUGCAGGUGGAUUGCUCGAUCGACUAAAAGUAACGAUAGGAGAUGAGAACCGUUAUUUCGUUCAAGUUAUUAUCAAAUAUUCUUACAAUUAAAACAAUUAUAAUUUAUAAUACUAAUAAUAUCGCGAUAUUUUUUAAAAAUUUCAACGAAAAAAGGAAAGAUUACCCUGUUUGACAGGGUGGAAUGGCGCGAUUAACCGAAGAAUUAUUAAAACAUAUACUUGCUGAACAUGGUGAUAUAAUUUAUGAUGAAAUAGUUACAAAUAUUCAAUUCAACGACGACAGAGCUUAUUGUUAUACUACACAAAAUUGUUUCAAGUACGUUUAAAUAAUGUUAUCGUUAAGCUAUAUAUAUAUAUAUAUAUAUAUAGCUUGGAAUUUAUUAAUAUUAAUCAUCGUACGAACGGGCAUAUUAUAUUAAUAUUUUCGUAAAUAUAUAACUGCGUGUGUAUGGGUAUGUAGAUGUGACAUCGUGGUAAUAGCGGUACCACCUCCGGAAAAUUCUCAAAUUCGUAUCGAACCAUCUUUACCUGCACAUGUAUCUCAAUCCCAAACAUUAUUCCUACAUAGUGAUAACAUAUUUUUCAAUGCAUUUUACAAAAAACCUUUUUGGAAAGAUAAGUAUAAUGGCAAUGUUUUAGCUACAUUAGAAUCCAAUACUAUCUUAAAUAUCGCUUAUGAUGCAACCUGUAAUAACGUAAAAGGAGGAAUGAUGGCUGGAUUUCUUAACGAUACCAAUGUUAUAUCAACGACAUCGAAAUUAAAAUUAUUCGAAACGCUAAGCCAAUGUUUUCAAAAUAACGAAAUGAAACGUUGUAUCAAUUACAAAGAACUUGAACGAUCUCCGAACGAAGAUAUUGGAAUUAAAUUAGAAAGUGCUUGGCCUAUGAGCGUUAUGCAACCAUCUCAUGUAUUUAAUCAUGUUAAUCAUGUAAAUACAUCCAACGAUAGAAUUCUCUUCGCUGCUAGCGAAUAUGCUACAAAAUGGCCUGGAAUGAUAGAUGGUGCAAUCGAAAUUGGCGAGGUAACAGCAUGCGUGAUACUUUUAAGACUUAGACCACAAUCUUUAGAGACUGCUGACAUGACAAUUGUGUACGUUGUAAAUUUUGUCAAUUUAUUACACAAUUAAUUAUCUAAUACUUUUGCAUAAAUAUUUUGUUUAAAAAUAUACUAGAUCAAAUCUCGAUGUUUUAUCUCUGGUACAGAUCAGAAGGCGUU